UUAUUGAUGAAAUUUUGUUCAUAGAAACGGUUCACUUUUAUUGGUUUCAUGACAUCAGUGUAAUGGCGUGUUGGUCCGUGAAAGCUCAUUUGCUGGGGGAUGACGGGAAGACAUCAGAAAUCAGGCGGGUCUCGGUCCCAGUCAGCGCCACCUAUAACCAGCUGUAUGAUAAGACAAAGGCCGUGUUCCCCGAUCUCCACAACGAAGAUAUCAGUCUAUCUUGGAAAGAUGGAGACGGUGACUUGGUUUCAUUUUCCUCGGAUGCGGAAAUGUUGGAGUUUACUAGGACUGCAGAGGACGAAUUUCUGAGAAUUUUUAUCAAAGUUCGCGCACCGAAAUCAACCCCAAAGACCCCGACCGGAGCGGAGUGGGUGGUCAAUCCCUGGAUAGGGAAGAUGUCGGAUUUGGACUCAGAAGAAUUCGCACAGAGUGUCCUCGCUGGAAUGAGAACUGUCUUUCAGUACAUAGCUGGUGCAGAAACGUUUCAUGACAAGGACAGAAAAAUUGUGGACAAAAGAGACGUCACGAAUAAAGAAGAAAGAGAACCGUCUGUUUGUAACAAUGCAGACCAUUUACAUCGUGAUGUCACGGAAGUCAGAGGAACUCGUGACACCGAAAAUCAGGAAGCUGAUGACGUAGAGAAGGAUGACAUAGAAACAGAUGACGUAGAGAAGGAUGAAAUAGAAACAGAUGACGUAGUGAAGGAUGACAUAGAAAAAGAUGACGUAGUAAACGAUGGCAUAAAAACAGAUGACGUAGAGACAGGCCACGACUCAAGCGAAGCGCCCCAUCCACUGGAGGAUGUUUCUGAAUCUCCGAAUAAGAUUGAGGAAGCACUGGAGAAGUUGCUAGCAAUGGGGUUCCACAACGAAGAAGGUUGGCUCUAUCGUCUCAUUGAGGAGAAAGAGGGUCGUAUUGACGAAGUCCUGGAGAGCAUUCUUCCUGAUGAGAAUCGGGCUGGGAGAAGAAACAGAAACAGAAUGAUAUGUUUUUUCUGUUUCCGCCUUAUUUCUGCCGAAGUCUGCUAUCAAUGUACUACUUGUAAUCAAAUUAUCUGUCAGAACUGUAAGGGAACAUAUGGACGGCUGUCCAUAGUGCACGAAUUGAUGUUGAAACCCACUUCUGCAAUUGCCCAAAAGCUUCCCAGGUGGUUUGAUGACAGAAACACUGAAGAAGAUUGGACAAAACCUUCAUAUAUGUGGACAAACCUUCAAAAGCUCUUUUACGGAAUCUAUGGUGCACAAAGCAGCAGUUACCAAAAACACGAGGCUUCCAAACCAAAGUCACGUGACCCUGUCAACAGAGCAAGCCCUUAUCCAUCAUGCAAAAACAAUCGGACCAAGUCGCAUCCAGAAACUCGUGGGAAACCGGACAUUGAAACAGACGGUCCUGUUACCAGGGAAGAUUCUCCGAAAAAUGGUGAAUCCUGGACAUUGGUUGAGGAGGACACCUCAUUGGCCGAGACAAAAGCUGACCAAAAUCUCGAAGAGGGUGGCAGUACCCAGGGAGGUGGGGCAGAGAGAAAAUCACAUAAUGCUCGUCCAACGAUACCACCGAUUGAUCCAAAAAUUGUCAGUGCUCUGGCGGAAAUGAUGUCAAUGGGUUUCCAAAAUGACGACGGAUGGUUACUAUGCCUUCUGCAAGAAAAUAAUGGCAACAUCGAGAAAGUCUUGGACAUCAUACAAGGCAGUGAUGGGAAAAUGUACUCAAAAUAAACAGUUUCAGUUGUUUUCUUCAAGUUGGGCGUACCAAUUAGUUUUAACCAACCAUAUAAAACAUGUACAUAAUCAUAUGCAUGUACUUUGAAUAGAACGUUCAGUGCUGUCACAGAGGAUUUAUUUUAUUAUAGCCACAAAAAUGCUAGUUUGUCAAUAUUAUUUUUAAAAUCAAAUUAUGCAUUGUAAGUAAAAUGUGCAUUGCCUAUAUUCUCUUAGUAGUUCUGGAGAUGGUGAUAUACCUUUAUAGUAUAAGUACAGGACUUCACUCUCGGUGAUAUACCUUUAUA